AUGGACCCACCCAGCCUAGAGCAGCAUCCCACAGGGCAAGAGCCUGACCGUGCACCCUCUGGGCAAGAGUCCAACCCCGCAGGCUUAGACUUCAACUCUGCUAGCCAAGAUCUUGUCACCACCAGUUAUGACUUCGACUCUUUCUACCAAGAAUUGGACCUGGACUCGCUCAACGAAGAUCUGGCCCAGUCACUGCCAGGUGCCCUGACCCAGAAUCCUGCUGACGUCUUUGAAUCCCACCCAACAGCCGGACAAGAGGUACUCACCGAAGCCCAGCAAAAGGAACUCAAAGCAGAGCUCACUAAAUUGGAGGCGGAAAUUGUAGCCCUGCGCUGCAGGUUGGCAGCUAAGGAGAGACGGUGCGUGGAGCUCAAGAAGCAGCUGGGCCACACGGCUUUGGUGGGGCUGAAACAGAAUCUGUCCAAGAGCUGGCAAGACGUUCAGGUGUCCAACGCCUACGUGAAACAAAAAACGUCAGCUGCCCUGUCCUUGAUGGGCACUGCCAUCUGCAGAAAACUUGGAGACAUGAAGAAGUCAGCCACGUAUAGAUCUUUCGAAGGUUUGAUGGGGACAUUCAAGUCCAGGGUCACAGGUGGCAGAGAGUUUGGCAAUGACUGCCUUUCUUCUGCAGGGAGGGGAAAUGACCCUCUCCCGCCUUCAGGGAAUGGGAAUGAUGCCACCCCAGGCAGAGGAGAUAAUCAGCCUCCGCAGAACAAGGAUGACCUCCUCCCCUGUCUGGAUCCCGAAUGA